AUGGCCGAAGCAAUAGGCACAGCAAUAGGCGUAGUAGGUUUCCUAGGCCAGCUCUUUGACGGCUGCGUCAAAGCCUACGGCUACUUCUCCGCCGCCGCCAACCUCGACGCCGACUCGCAGCGGCUGCUCUGCAAAGUCCGCAUCGAGGAGAUGCGCCUCGUCGUCUGGGGCCGCGGGUGGGGCGUCGCCGAGGGCGAGGGCCGGUUGGAGGCGCAUUUGAACGGGUUCAGUCGCGAGGCGGGGGAUCCGCGGAUGGCGGGGUUGGCGGAGGGGAUUAUGAGGGAGUUGCAUGCUACUGUUACGGACUUUGGGAGGUUGAGGGAGAGGUAUGGGUUUGUGGAGGAUGGUGGUGGUGAGGGCGGCAAGUUGGGUAAUGGUGAUGGUGGUGUUGGUGGUGGUGAGAAGGGAGGGGAGGGGAAGAAGAGGGAUUGGAGGAGGGAGAUUUCGAGGAGGGCUAAAUGGGUUAUUGCUGACAAGGAAAAGUUCACAACUCUCUUGACAGACUUGAAAUACUUCAACGACGGCCUAGAACAACUCUUCCCACCGCGCCUCCUCCCCUCCCUCCACCGCUCCUGGCGCCACUCCCUCCUCGACUCGGCCCGCCGCGACGUAGCCCAGCUCGCCCUCCUCGAGUCCUCCUCCGCAGACUCGUACCCGCAGCUCACCGCCUCCGCCAACCUCAAAAAGCUACGCAUCAACCUCGACGCCGAACCCCAGGCCUCCUUCCGCCCGACGUUCGCCUUCCGGAUCCCCCGUACGGACCUCGAUCUCGCCCCCUCCUCCUCCUCGCCAACGACGGCGACGCCGCUGCUCUCGCCACCGUUACCAACAUCUCCCACCCCCGGCACCAAACGCCGCAACUCCUCCACCGCAAAAGCAGGCUCUUCCCCCUCCUCGUCGUCCCUGAACCUCUUCUCUUUAACAUCACCAACGACAAACACGACCCGCACCCACGCAACACACACAACCCACGGCCCAGUCCUCGUAGAAUGGGUCGAAUACGACCCCUCUUCCCCAGACGAACGCUUCCUCCACCUCCGCCGCCUAGAUGACCUCGCCCGCAUGAUGCACUCGGCCUCCUCAAACCACCCAGACCUCCACACGAUAGACUGCAUAGGCUACACCGACGACUCAAACAACGCACGCUACGGCCUCGUCUACCGCUGUCGCUUGUUCUCUCACUCAUCCUUACCCACGUCCUCCCCACCCGCCACCAAUAUCAAGAUCAAGACAAAGUCCACCACCGUCACUACCACCGCAGCAGCACCACCACCGUCACAACCACAACCACAACUGGCAACAUCCCACUCAACCCUGCACACCCUAAUCUCCUCACCAGACCUCAAAACGCCCGACCUAGACGACCGCAUAACCCUCGCAUCAACACUCGCCUGCGCCCUCUGGUCUCUCCACUCCCUAGACUGGCUCCAUAAGUCCCUCUGCAGCGCAAACAUCCUCUUCUUCCCCUCGGCCGCCUCCCUCGCCGCAACCCGCGCCACCACCGUCUCCGCCGCCGUCGUCCCGGACAUCGGUUCCCCCUACCUCGUCGGCUUCGACGCCUCCCGCCCCGAUUUCGACGCCGAGAUGAGCGUCAACCCGCGGAACCCCAGUAUUCUCGACCUCCAUAGGGACCCGCGAUCGCUGGGCUCCGGCCUCUGUAGGAAGCAGUAUUGCAAGGGCUACGACGUGUACAGCCUCGGGCUGGUCUUGUUGGAGAUUGGGCUGUGGAAGGUGCUGCAGACGUAUUAUAAGCCGCACUACUCGGCGGAGAAGUGGAGGGACAGGAUUAUUUUGCCAGUCUUGGUUCCGGGACUGGGCAGCAAGACCGGAAAGCUGUACAAGCAAGUAGUUGAAAAGUGCCUUACGGCCAAGGACAACAUGUCCAGUAGCGAGGCUGGGCAACUCAUGGAAUGGGUGGUCACAACGUUGGAAAGCAUACGCACAUAG